AUGGGUAACCAAUAUGUUAAGCCACACAAGGAGGGUAACUCACCUUACACGAGAUCAGGAGUUCCCCCUCCUGUGAUCGCAAAGAAGGCCGGUUCUGAUAAACCAAGCCACAGAAUAAAUGAGCCGAUGUCCUUGGAGCUUCAUAUGGCAGACGAACGAGUUCGUGCUGCUGGACUUUCCCCAGCCGAACGUGCAUGGCGUGCUAAAUGGGUUAUGGAUCAACAUCUUCAUCCAGAUGAACCUAUUGUAGUAGAUGCUGUUCAUCGUCAGUUGAAUCCAGUUAGAGUCUUCUAUAGAUAUCCUUGGGAUAAGCUCUACCUCCAUUUCCUUAAGCCAACGUUCGGUGUCUAUUAUGGAACUGCCAUGCGAGUCACUGUACCAAAGGUCCUUAUGGCUUUCCUCACUUUACAAGCAGCUUACUAUUAUUGGAAGUAUGAAGUCAAGGAUUGGACUCAUCUUAGAGGUCUUGAAACCAUGCCACAGAAGGAAGUUCUGAUCAAUGCUGAUUCUAUUGAGAACAGAUAUCCAGGCUUGACCGCUCAAGCUGUACCUCAUCCAGCCAAAUACGACUAUUAUGGGCCAACGUUUGAGAAGAGAACUGCUUUAUUGGAUGUUGGGCAAUCCUCACGCCCUUGGUAA